AUGGUAGUUUCCAGAUCCCCCCUGACUCUGGGUGGGGGCAGCCUCCAGAUCUUAGCCGCCCUGCUGCUUCUGGCCUCGGGAGCUACCCUGGAUGCUGCCAAGAUACCUGGGGCCCCGGCCUGUGGGAGGCGGCAGCAGCUGAACCGUAUCGUGGGCGGCGAGGACAGCGCGGACGCCGAGUGGCCCUGGGUUGUGAGCAUCCGGAGGAACGGGACCCACCACUGUGCGGGCUCCCUGCUCACCCACCGCUGGGUGGUCACCGCCGCCCACUGCUUCAAGGACCACCUGGACAAGCUGUCCCAGUUCUCUGUGCUGCUGGGGGUCUGGCAGCUAGACGAGCCUGGCCUUCGGUCCCAGAAGGUGGGGAUCGCCGGGGUGCAGCCCCACCCUGUGUACUCCUGGAAGGAGGGUGCCCGUGCUGACAUCGCCCUGGUGCGCCUGCAACACCCCGUCCAGUUCUCCGAGCGAAUCCUGCCCAUCUGCCUCCCGGACCGCUCCGUGCGUCUCCUUCCCAGCACUGACUGCUGGAUUGUCGGCUGGGGAAGUACCCAUGAUGGAGUGCCCCUGCCCCACCCGCACACCCUGCAGAAGCUGAAGGUCCCCAUAAUCGACUCCGAAGUCUGCAGCCGCCUGUACUGGCGGGGAGCCGGGCAGGGGGCCAUCACUGAGGACAUGCUGUGUGCUGGCUACCUGGAAGGGGAGCGCGACGCCUGCCUGGGCGACUCCGGAGGCCCCCUGAUGUGCCAAGUGGACGGAACCUGGCUCCUGGCCGGCAUCAUCAGCUGGGGGGAGGGCUGUGCAGAACGGAACCGGCCCGGCGUCUACAUCAGCCUCCCCGCCCACCGCUCCUGGAUCCAGACGCUUGUGCAAGACGUGCAAAUCCGAGGCCACUCGCAGGAGAGUGGGGUCCGGAGGGCGCCGUGCAGGGCCUCCUAG